AUGCCAUACCGCCUCCUCCACCUCCUCUUCCUUUUCCACCGUCUCAUCUCCCCAACCCUUUCCCUUCCCCCAGCGCCACCCGUCCAUUGCAACUCCACCGCCAACCACUGCACAAUCUCCAACGCCUACGGCGCCUGGAACGACCGCAGCCCCUGCCCCGUCCCCUCCGUCGUCUACCCUUCCACAGAAGAAGAACUACUCUCCGCCGUCGCCUCCGCCCAACGCCUCAACCUCAAAGUCAAGGUCGUUAGCGGCUACUCCCACACAAUUCCCAAAUUAGUCUGCCCGCCGCCCACCGGCUCUCUGCUCAUCAGCACUGCUAAGUAUAGCUCCCGAGUGGCGGUAGACUCGGUGCGGAACACGGUGACGGUUGAUGCUGGGGUGGGGUUGCGGGAUGUCGUCGACGCGGCGGAGGCGGCGGGGCUUAGCCUUCCGGCGGCGCCGUACUGGGAGGGAGUGAGCAUUGCGGGUUUGAUUAGCACGGGAUCGCAUGGGAGCUCGUGGUGGGGGAAAGGUGGAGCUGUUCAUGAGUAUGUUGUGGCGAUGCGCUUAGUUGUGCCGGCGGCGGCGGAUGAGGGUUUCGCCAAGGUAGUGGAGAUUGAUGGGAGUGAGCCGGAACUCUUUAAUGGGGCUAGGGUUUCGAUGGGGCUCCUCGGAGCGAUUUCCAAGGUUACUCUGUCGCUGGAGCCUGCCUUCAAGAGAAAUGUGACAUACGAGUACAGAUCGGAUGAUAAGUUUCAGGAUGAGUUUACAGAGAUGACGAAGCAACACGAGUUCUUUGACAUCGACUGGUAUCCAUCGCAGCGGCUAGCUGUUUACAGGCUCGACGGCAGAGCUCCGGCGAACGCCUCCGGGGAUGGCGUCAAUGACUUCAUUGGUUUUCAGGCUAACCCCACAUUAACGUCCAUGGCUGUGAGGUUUGCAGAGAAAGCCCUGGAGGAAUCAAAGAACGUGAAGGGCAAAUGCGGCAUGGCCGCCACCGUUCUGGCAGCAAAGAAACUAGCCGCCAACGGUCUCAAAAACGACGACUUCAUCUUCUCUGGCUACCCCGUCAUUGGCCGUCAGAGCAAAAUCCAAACUUCCGGUUCCUGCCUCCAUUCCUCACCAUCAAACCCACUCGCCAUGUGCUCAUGGGAUCCCAGAAUCAAAGGCCUCUUCUUCUACGAAACAACCGCCAUUUUCACCGCUUCCAACUUCAAAAACUUCGUCCUCGACGUCAAGAAGCUAAGAGACCUCAACCCCCAAAACUUCUGCGGCGUUGAUGUCUACAACGGCUUCCUUAUCAGAUUCAUCAAAGCUUCAUCUGCGUAUCUGGGCCAAGCUGAGGACUCCGUCGUCGUCGACUUCAACUAUUACAGAGCUGAUGAGCCUUCGACUCCAAGGCUGAAUCAGGAUGUCUGGGAGGAAGUGGAGCAGAUGGCUUUCUUCAAGCAUGGCGCGAGGCCGCAUUGGGGGAAGAACAGGAAAGUUGCUUUCUUUGGUGUGCAGGAGAAGUAUCAUGAUCAAAUGAGCAAGUUUAAUGCGUUGAAGAAGAAGUUGGAUCCCAUGGGAAUGUUUAGUAGUGAGUGGUCGGAUGAGAUACUUUUGGGGAGGAAGGCUGGGAAGAAAGAUGGUUGUGCUUUAGAAGGAGAGUGUAUUUGUUCGGAAGAUAGGCAUUGCAGUCCGAGUAAUGGAUAUUUCUGCAAGUCUGGGCUUGUUUAUCGAGAGGCGAAGGUGUGCAGGUUUUUGAGUUCAUCUGCGUCCUGAUUUUGUUUUAAGUGUUUGUGACUUUAUGAGAUGGAUUAUGAGAUUGCAUUCCAUUAAUGGCUUCUUGGUCUUUAACAUUCUUUGGUAAAGAAUUGAUUGUUUUAUGCCAAGUUUUUUAUGUCUAAAUUUGGUUUUGAUUAUGUUAUCAGACAUGUUAGUAGUGGCAAUUAUAUCACCUCAUCUUAGUUUUUGUGUUUUUGACAUUUUUGAUAAUUUUAAUUGGG